CCCUAUCAAUAUUAGGAGCAUUACCCAUAUCAAACGCAUCAGGAAAAUGAUUCACAAAGAUUGCAGUUAUCUUAUCAGGGCUUAUCAUCCAUUCACCACAAAGAUUGCGGUCUGAACAUUGACUUUUCCAUUCUACAUGAGUUAUAUAUAUAUAUUACAUAUAUAUCAAAAUGAAGUAUUCCAAGUCAACUGAAAGAUCUAACAUUUCAAAGUCUUCCUUCCUACGUCCAUUUCCAUUAAUGAGUUUUUUACAAUAAUUUCAAGUAAUCACCUAACACCUUUCGGACCAUUUACUUCCCUAGACCCAAACUCAUCACCUUACUGCAAAAACAGUCUUGUUACUAAGCUCCUACAGCGGCUGUGUGCCUUUUGCAGGAGAUGAAUUCCAGUCGUUUCUUAUCAUCACAGUUUUGUUUUUCUCUGCUUCUGGUUUUCUUACGUGUGUCCAAGUCCAGUCCUUUGUCUGAAUUUACAACUAACUCUGAUGUACAGAGAACUUGUCGUGAUAAUCAGUACAGAUGUGGGAACUUGACUGCCGGUUUUCCCUUCUGGGGAGGUGAGAGGAUACAAGCAUGUGGGCAUCUUCUGUUAAAGCUUGAAUGCGACAAGAACACAACCACGACUGGGAUACAAAUUGAAGGGCAAGGAUACAAUGUCUUGCAGAUUGACAGCGAAGCCCAAGUUAUGAAAAUUGCAAGCAAGAAUUACAUGGAUGGACUCUGUCCAUCCGUCUUACGCAACACCAGUAUUAAUGGUUCUUCACUCUUUGAUUAUGUUACUGGUUAUAAAGAGCUCAUAAUUCAUUACAACUGCACGUAUCGGAGUAACUAUAUACUGCCGCUUAGGCCGUUUAAUUGUCCAAAUAUCGAAGGGUUUAAUUACUAUAUUGAGGGUGAUUAUGAUGCCUAUACGAGAUGUACGGAUAAUGUGAGUGUUGUAGUUGCAGACGAGUUCGACUCGGCCAUGGAAGUUGAUAAUUUGAUGAAAGCGCUGAAAGAAGGGUUUGAGGUCAAAUUGAAGGUGGAUGGUGAAGCGUGCCGGAAAUGCGUGGAAUCAAGUGGGACAUGUGGGUUUGCUUUUCAGAGUCAAGGUUGCUACUGCGGUUACCCUUCUGAGUCUGACUCUAGAACAUGCUCUUCUCCUCUAGGCCCAGCAUCCUCCCAAUUCAUAUCUCCAGAACCAUCUCCAGGAAGAUGGGAUGCAAAUGAUUGCGCAGAUGAUACCUCUUCUACAAAAUGUCAUCCAAUUGGAUCAUCUGCCAAUCGAAAUUGGGUGAAAAAAGUUGCCAUAGGUGUAUCAGCAGCCGUUACUGGAAUCAUGGUAAUCUCUGUUGUGGUCAUCUAUAGGCUUAGGAGAAAACUAUUCUUGAUCUGGAAAAAGGACAAAAAGAGUGAUAAGGAUGUUGAGGAAUUUAUAAAGGCCAACCUAUAUCUUGUUCCAAAGCGAUAUAAUUUCUCAGAUAUCAAGAAAAUGACGAACUCAUUCAGAGAUACGGUGGGAAAAGGAGCAUUCGGUACUGUUUACAGAGGAAAACUAUCCGAUGGCAGUAUUGUAGCAGUGAAGGUCUUAAGUGAGUCCAAAGGCAAUGGUGAAGAUUUCAUCAAUGAAGUAGCCAGCAUGAGUAGAACUUCUCAUGUUAACAUAGUUACUUUUGUGGGAUUCUGUUAUGAGAAAAGAAAUAGAGCCCUUAUCUAUGAGUUCGUGCCUAAUGGCUCCCUGGAUAACUUCAUAUAUGACAAAAGAUCCUUCAGGAACACCCCUAACUUGGGAAUGGAAACAUUAUACUCGAUUGCAGUUGGCAUUGCUCGAGGACUCGAGUAUUUACAUCGUGGUUGUAACACAAAGAUUGUGCACUUUGACAUAAAGCCUCACAAUAUUCUUCUUGAUGAAGAUUUUUGCCCAAAGAUUUCAGAUUUCGGGCUUGCUAAGCUAUGUUUAAAGAAAGAGAGUGUCAUCUCCAUGUUGGGGGCACGAGGAACUGCUGGGUAUAUCGCACCAGAAGUAUUCUGCAGAAACUUUGGAGGAGUCUCUCAUAAAUCUGAUGUGUACAGUUACGGAAUGAUGAUUCUUGAGAUGGUUGGAGGAAGAAAAAAUAUUGAUCCAAGUGUAUCACAGACAAGUGAAAUAUACUUCCCUUACUGGAUCUAUAACCAACUUGAACCAGGUAAAAAUUUAAGACUGGAUGGCGAUAUCACAGAAGAGGAGGGCCAAACAGCAAAGAAGAUGAUAAUAGUGGGAUUAUGGUGCAUCCAAACUAACCCAUCAGAUCGACCCUCCAUGACAAAGGUGGUGGAGAUGUUGGAAGGGACGCUUGAAUCCUUGAACAUUCCACCAAACCCUUCCCUGUCUUCUACAAAGGAGUCAGCCUAACACUUUUCCAUAAAUUACUUCAGACUGAGUUUGAUUGGAAUUGUCUGCCCAGAUCAACAUCAAUAUACCUAGAGAUUUCUGGUCUAACCGUACUAAACCUAAUGUAUAUGAGCCUAUUUGUCCUAGUUUUUCUUUUCAAUUUUUCUCCCCUUCAAGUAAUAAUUUUUUUCUUUUUUAAUUUCAGCAGUUCACAAAACUGAAGAUUCAAAGUCCAUCAUUGAGUGUAAAAGUCAUAUUUCAUCUUUUACCAGUUGGUUAGUUGAAGAACUCUCAAGACAUUGAUUUCAUCCAUUAGUUUUCAGUAUUUCUUUUUUCUGGUUGGUCGAUGCUAUAAAAUUACUUAUUCAUAGAAAAGAAGAUCUAAUUCAUGAAAAUAUGGAGAAAGAAUCAGCAUGAAUAAUAUUUAGCUUCUUAGACUUGAUAAUAAACAGAACAAAUAAAAUAUGGAUUCAUGGUUCUAUCAUAACUCAAAAUAUAAUUUUGGAUGAAGUUUUUUUGUCAAAAGUUUUCUGAUUUUGGCCUUUCUAGAUAGUUCUUGAAAAGGAAAUUGUACUUCCUCAACCAAAAAAUUAGAGUAUUGUAUCAAAGUUUAAGCAGAGCUGUAUAUAUAAAUAUGUGCGGUUGUAAUCAUAGAUCCUACAAUGAAAUGGCUUGAGAAAGAAAGAAUGUGAAUACUGAAGCACGAAGGAGCAAUUUUAUAAUAUUUUCAAGACUGGGUGCAUGAGGAUCUUGAACAAGCACCACAGUAGAAGACUUUUCUACUCUCAAAUUCUUGUGCAUCACAACUUAAGAGAAUCAGAGUCAAAUGGAUAGCCGCAUAGUCUCUUCUAUUGUAGAAUUUUCUUUGCUACAUGUUUUCUACCAGGUUUUGUAGAAUUGUAAGCUGUAAUACUCUGUAAUAGUCAAGUGUGCAUGAGAUUUUUUCUAAAGGCUGCGGACUUUAGAUUGCUUUUCUGAUUUAAUUAGAAGUUAUUUGGGCAAAUCCCUAAUUUAGUUUUCGAAGUAUAACCAACCAAACAUUUUUCUCCCAAAUGUUCUUUUUGUUAUAGAUUACUCCUCUGAACUUUUCAAAUUAUUUCAAAAGACUAAAAUUGUUAGAAAUUUAACCCAAAAAACCCAAUUACUUGGGCCUGUUUGGGAAAGAAAAUGACUUCUGCACAUCACUCAACAACAGCCUCUCUCUCUCAUAUAUGUUUUUGAAAUUUACAAAUUCCAAACUUGAAAUGCAAAUCUGUUGGGUUUUUAAAUUAAUUUGAAAGGUAGAUUUUGUUGGGUUUUCAAGUUAAUUUAAAGGGCAGAUUUGAUGGGUUUUCAAAUCUUUUAAAUUAAUACUAGAUCUGAGUGACUACUGAUCUUAAUUAUAUAUUGGGAAUAGCAUAAGAAGAUACACUAGUAAAU